GUGUGGCAUUGCUUUUUUCAUUGAGAAAGAAACACCUCUCUCUCUCUCUCUCUCUGUUUUCUUUUUCACUUGCACUGAAAAACAGAGUGGUAACGGUUGCACACUCUACACUAGUGCUCCCAAAAAUUUUAUAUCUAUAUACAUAUAUAUUUUAUAUUUUCUUCUUCAUUGAGCUUUUUCCUUUCUGGGUUUCCUUUUGGGGACCUGAAAAUUUUCUUCUGGGUUCAUUUCAAUCAAAAUGUUGUAAGGGUUUUGGGGACUCCAAUUUUCUUCUGGUUUCAUUUCAAUCAAAACUUUGUUGUCUGGGUUUUGGGUACCUAAAUCUGCCUCAUCGAGUUUUUUCCUUCCUGGGUUUCUUUUUGGGAACCUGAAAAUUUUAUUCUGGGUUUUCAUUUCAGGGUUUUAGGACUUUCAAUUUUCUUCUGGUUUCAUUUCAAUCAAAACGCCAUCGUUUGGGUUUUGGGUACCCAAAUCUUCUUCUGCUUAAUCUUUCAAUCUUCUGGUGAUUUUGUUUUUCGAAGAGAUGCUGUCGACGAAAUCUGAAUCAGAUAUCACAAGUUUAGCACCAUCAUCUCCAUCAAGGUCUCCAAAACGCGCCGUUUACUACGUGCAGAGCCCAUCUCGAGACUCUCACGAUGGAGACAAAUCAUGUUCCAUGCAGCCAAGUCCCAUGGAUUCACCUUCGCACUCCUCUUCUUUCGGCCGGCACUCCAGAAACUCGUCGGCGAGUCGGUUUUCUGGGAUUUUCCGGUCGUCUUCCGGCAGAAAAGGAACAAGAAAAAGAAACGACAAAGGUUGGCCGGAGAGUAAUGUAAUAUUAGAAGAAGGGUCGUACGAUGAGCUUGAAGAUAAAGCUUUUACCAGGCGAUGUCAAGCUUUGCUUGCUCUUUCUACAUUUGUAUUUCUCUUCACUCUUUUCUGUCUCAUCAUUUGGGGAGCCAGCAGGCCUUAUAAGGCAAUAAUUACUGUCAAGAGACUAGAAGUUAAGAACUUUUAUAUUGGGGAAGGCUCAGAUUUCUCAGGCGUUCCAACGAAGAUGAUGACUGUGAAUGCAUCCUUAAAGAUAAACAUAUAUAAUCCUGCAACUAUAUUCGGCAUUCAUGUUAACUCCGACCUCAUUGAUCUCAUGUAUUCAGAAAUCGUAGUUGCUAGCGGCCAGCUGAAAAAACACUAUCAACCAAGAAAAAGUCACAGAAGUGUAUCAGUGAUCUUACAAGGCAAGAAAGUUCCCUUAUACGGUGCAGGAUCAAGCUUACUAGUUUCGAAAACAGAAGGUCAAGUUCCAUUAACGCUGAGCCUUCGAGUUCGAUCAAGAGGAAAUGUGGUGGGAAAACUUAGGGUUAUGUUGUUAAGAGACAAUGACGAGAUUGAUAACAACUCCGAAAGCAAUAGCAUGUCAUCACUAGAGGAUGAGGAUAAAGAGAAUGAGUAUGCGGCUCAAGGAGAGUCCCUGGUUAUAAGGAAAGCCCUCAACAUCCAAAUAAAAGAGGAGUAUGAUCAGAUAGAGAACAUAUUCUAUACACAGUGUCCUGUGGGUGAAAAAGUAUGCAACUUGAUCAUCGAUGGAGUUAGUUGCACCAACUUAGCCAGCACAACACUCUUUGAAAAGUUGGGAUUAGCUUGUACCAAGCACCCUAACCCAUACCUGUUACAGUGGCUGAAUGAGUAUGGAGAUAUCCAAGCAAACAAGAAGAUAAUGAUAACUUUCACCAUAGGAAGGUAUCAUGAUCAAGUUCUUUGUGAUGUCGUACCUAUGCAUGAAUUUGAGGAUGUAUUUCCAGAAGAGAUACCAGAUGGAUUGCCACCGAUACGAGGGAUUAAAGGAGCUUUAGAGACAUAUAGAGGAGUUGUUGGAAAAGGGACAUAUUCGUGA